UGUAAAAUUAGGUUUGGUAACAGAGAAACCUUGCCCCUUGCCCCUUGCCCCUUGCCCCUUGUUCUUGUUCUGCUGUAGUGAUUUUGUGAGUCAGGAGCGGAGGAGAGGGGAAGAGAUCCCAGUUUUUCUGUUUAGAGCCGGAGGAGCAACCUUCUUCUUCUUACCUUUAUCACUUCCCCUGCCCCUAUUCUAACUAUAUAAACCCUAAUAUGUUUUUUCAUUGAUUUAUUAACAUGCUCUUGAUUAUACACUGAUCAAUCAUCUUUAUCAAUCCUUAUUCACCACAAACCCUAAUCAGCAAAUCGGCAAUGGUUAUCGCAGCCGAUUCUUCUUCCCCUAACACUACUACUGCUGCCGCCAACAACAGCCCGCGAAAAAACCUACCUUCUCCCUGGGCCCAGGUCGUUCGCUGUGCCGACUCAGAGCCACUCCUCCACCAAUCGCUGCCUUCAUCAUCUUCCUCUACCUCCUCCUUGUCCGCUGAUUCCGAUAGCUCCGAUGCUGAUAAGGCGAAGAACGCCGGUGCCCCGAAGAAACCCGCUUGGAAGAUGCCACCCAGUGACGUCGCCGAGGUUAGUCCUGUAAUGGGUGCUGUGUCUUGGCCCGCUUUAUCUGAGGCCGCCAAACUUUCUGUGAAACCAACAUCUGACUCCUCCACAACCGAUGGAUCACUCUCCACUACUCAGGGGCCUGUUACUCCACACUCCCCUCAGACACAAGCUAAUAGCAAUAGCAAUGUGAAACCUAGUCCUGCAAUGAACACUGAUAUGCCUAAUAGACAAAGAUCGACAAAGCAGGGAGGCAGCAAUAGCAAUGGGCCUGCUCCUGUGCGGGGUAACUUCACCAACACUGCCCCGAAUCUUUCACCAUCACCUCCCCUGCCACCACCACCACCUUUUCCUGUGCUUCAGAUCCCUUCCAGUUCCUUUACCAAUGGGGUUCCGGGCCCUUCCCCAAGAGAUCCUUUCAGGAACAAUAACUGGGAUACAAGAUCACCAGUUGGGGGUUUUGGGCCACCCAUGAAUGAACAAAGGAGUCCUUCCCGUAGGGGUAAUUUUGGGCACCAUCCACGAGGAGGUAAUGGUUCACAUCAUAAUAAUUAUGACAACAGGCGCGAUCAGGAACGUUUAAAUUAUGCAAAUUCUAGAGAUGCCCGUGCACCCCAGCAGAGGAUGUCUCCACGGGGAUUGAUGAGGUUCCCGCCACCUAAUGCUGCUCCUCCAUUUAUGGGGCCUCAACCACUGCAACCCUUUCUAAACCCUGCUGGGUUUCCUGAAUUUUACUAUUUUCCAACACUUCAAUUGGAAUCUUUUGGGCGUAUGCCAUUCUUCACGCAUGCACCUCCUCCUGCAAUGUUCUUCCCCGUUGCUGAAACUCCCUUGACCGAUGUGAUUAUAAAGCAGAUUGAUUAUUAUUUUAGUGAUACUAAUUUAGUGAAAGACAACUAUUUAAGGUCAAACAUGGACGAACAGGGUUGGGUUCCAAUUACUUUGAUUGCAAACUUCCCUCGAGUUAAAAGUUUGACAAGCAACGUUGAGUUGAUUCUGGAUUCCUUGAAAACUUCCUCUGUCGUGGAAGUGCAGGGUGACAAGUUGAGGAAGCGUGAUGAUUGGAUGAAGUGGCUGCCCUCCACCCAACGUGAGGUUGAUUCUAGUUCAAUGUCCACUGGUGAAUCAAAUUACAAUAACAUAGCUCGUGAUUUUGAAAAAAUAACUCUGAAUGAAGCACUUCUAGAUAAAGUUAAUUCUGAUCCUACCACAAAUGGGGAGGCUAUAGAAUCUUCCGAUCAGUCUCAAUUCACAAUUGGUGAUGCUGCAAAGAGUUGCAAUUAAAACUCACUCAAUAGAUCCGCCCCAUCCCAAAAUACUUACCCCAUUCUAGUAUCCAACUGUGUGAGUGAUUUUUGAUUUACAUUUUUUUGAAGGGAUGGUAGAUAGGUUGUUCAAAAGUUUGUUUCCUCCCGAUAGUCACCAAGGUCGAUUCUGGUGGUAAUUUUGAGUCAAGAAGGGAAAGAAAUAAAAGAUUUAUUGAAUUAUUAUGGUUUUAUAGAUGAAAAAGAGUUAACGAGACAUAGCAGAAAUCUGGAAUUUUAAUUCAGGCUCAUUUAUUGAGUUUUUGGUUUUGUGGAUUA